AUCUUUUUGCACAUCUGUUUAUUAUGUCGUGUCCCAGCUGCAUGAUAUUCAGAGCCUUUAGGACGGUGCGUCCCCUCCAGAAGCCAUUAUACUUGCUAUACCAGAAUCCAACGAGAACAGCCUUAUGGCCACACCCGUCGCCGACGCGAAUACCACUGCGGCGCAAUGCUCAGCUGGCUAAGAGCCCUUCAGAAAAAGCUCCAGAUCAAUGCAAUUCGUCGACUUCGUCAGAAGCCCAACCCUCAAAGGACUCUUCUGAACUCCUAGCCGAUGCACUUCCUCUUAACUGUCCGGGAUGUGGCGCAUAUGCACAAACAAUCGAGCCAGACCAACCAGGUUACUACAAUACAGCCAAAAAACACACACGAAAGGUCAUGGCUGCGAGAUUAAUGGCCUCUAAUUCAUUAAAGAGUAAAUCACCGCGAUGGGAUGAGCCAAGGCUGAUAUCUCUGGAAAAACUUGCCCCUGGUUUUUCCCCCAAGUUCUUGUCGUCUACUGGAGAGAACCAGGAAGAUAUGUCUCUUAAAAUUGCUCGUCCUUCCCUCAGUGAUUCCCUACUCAAAGGCGAUGUAACCGCGGACCAAGGCAUCCGUUACCUCGAAUCCUCGAAGCAGCUACCUCCCGUUUGCAACAGGUGCCAUGACCUUAUGUACCACAACAAGUCAGACAAACUGCCUACGCGUGCUCCCACGAUCAGAGCCAUCCGUAGAUAUUUGCAAGACUCUCCCUACGAAAAUAACCGCGUGUAUCACGUUAUGGACGCUGCGGAUUUCCCCAUGUCACUUCUUAAGCACAUUUGGAAAGUUCUAGAACUCGAGAAACUGCGUUCGCGGAAUCGGAGGCAGAGGACCAGAAAGGGACAGAACAAGCCAUCUGUAUGUUUUCUUAUAACGCGCGCCGAUCUCCUAGGCCCAACGAGGCCGAUUGUGAAUAGCAAGGUGGAGUAUAUGAGAAGAGUCCUGCGCACGGCGCUUGGAAAAGAAGGUGAACAUGUACGUCUGGGAAAUUUUCGUUUGAUCAGCUCCCACCGUGGCUGGUGGACCAAGGAAUGUAAGGAGAGCAUACGGGAACACGGAGGUGGGAUUUGGGUAAUUGGCAAAACCAAUGUUGGGAAGAGCAGUUUCAUUGAGGCAUGCUUUCCGAAGGAGCCAGGGAAUCUAAAGAAGAUUGCAAAAGUAGCCCGUCUUCGAGAAGAGAAGGGCGAAUUUCCUUGGAAAGCAGAUGGAACCAAGUUGGACCCUGACAGUCUCUUACCACCAGCUCCCCCGGAGGAAAUGUUUCCGGUUUUUCCAGUUGUGUCCCCUAUGCCGGGAACCACUGCGGCACCAAUUCGGAUUCCCUUUGGGGGUGGGAGAGGCGAAUUAUUCGAUCUACCAGGACUCUAUCGCGGUGGCUUGGAGGAGUUUGUUCGCGAGGAGCACCAGCGCGACCUGGUCAUGACUAAACGAAUCAAGCCAGUGCAAUACGUUAUCAAGCCAGGCCAAUCACUUCUUCUGGGAGGAGGGCUCGUUAGGGUCACUCCGGUAGACCCGGACGGCGUCGUACUGGUGGCCGCCUUUCUGCCGAUCGAAGUACACAUUACGAGCACAGAGAAGGCUAUUGAGAUGCAGAAUCAGAAGCGACCAUACCCUGGAAAAAGCAUCGUCAAUAGCGGAAUUGAGGAGCAUAUGCGCUCCGCGGGCGUCUUCGAGCUGCCAUGGGAGGUGACGCGUAAUCACCUACCGAGGAAGCUUUCCAAGAUCGAGGAUCUAGACCAGCUAAUACUUCCAUAUAAGGUAUUCUCGGUAGACAUGCUCGUCGAGGGAUGUGGCUGGCUUGAGCUCUGGGCACAGAUCCGGACCAGAACGCACGAUGAGGAGUUCCGGCCCAAGGUGGAGGUGUUCAGCCCUGAAGGCAGACAUAUAGGCUGGAGAGAACCGCUGGGAGCUUGGGGCACGCACAUGGAGAAAAUCAGCAGAGACAAAGAAAGGAUGAAGGGGAUAGGUCGACGAAGCAUAUCGCGGAAGAAACGAGCUGCGCAUUCGAAAAAGCUGUGACGUUCUAUAUAUGUACUUGGUCCGUAUAAUAGCGGACAUGUGUGGAUAUGCCUGUAUUCUUGCUACGGCGGCGUUAUUUGAGUGGCUUGGAGCAUCUCCUACUAUGGGCAUGACAUGGAUUACAUUUAUAUACCAGUCAAUAUGAAAUAUUCCUCUAUGUUUUAACAGGAAACGAGACGUCUCACAGUAAUAUCAACUACCCUCAAGGUUG